AUGAACUCCACCAACACCCUGAUCUUCCAGACCGGGCCAUUCAUUAUCGCCCUGUCGGUGCUGUCGGUGAUUGCCACGCUGACGUUCAGCCUCAUCACGUGCCGGCGCAGCGGGUGGCGCCGUUCCAUGGUGCUGCUCGAACUCUUGCGACUCGGCUCCGUGGUGUUGGCGGCGUUGCUCUUCAAUCAGCCAGAGUGGAUUGAGGAGUUUCGGCCGAAAGACAAGCCGGUCGUGGUGGUGCUGUGGGACGACUCCGUCAGCAUGCAAACCCGCGACGUGAUCUCGGCCGACCUGCCCAACGGCCCCGUGAAACGCAGCGACGGGGUCUUGCCGCUAACCGAGCCCGAGUAUUGGGAUUCGCUCGCCGAACGGUACGAGGUGGUGUUGACCCCCUUCUCCUCGGCCGAAGGCGAAUCCGCAAGCGACCUGCACUCCCCUCUAGCAGACGCCCUGUCCCAGCACAGGCAACUGAGGGCCGUGGUGCUGGCCUCGGACGGGGACUGGAACGCGGGCAAGCCGCCCGUCGACGCCGCGACACGUUUGCGUCUGCGCGACAUCCCGGUCUUCGCUAUCCCGGUCGGAAGUCCGACUCGUUUGCCCGACGUCGAGUUGGUGAGCGUUGACGCCCCCACCUUCGGAGUGGCCGGCAAGCCGCUGCAGGUCCCAAUAACGAUCGACAGCUCGCUGCCGAGAGACUUCCUGGCGACGGCGCAGCUCAAGACCUCCUCGGGAGAGACCAUCGAAAAGCAGGUCCGCGUCGAGGCGAUGAGCCGUUCGACCAACUCCUUCAUCUGGAAACCAGCGCAGACUGGCGACUACACCCUGACGGUCAGCAUCCCGACGCACGCCGAGGAACUGAUCCUUACGAACAACGAGCGAUCGGUUCCGAUCGCCGUCCGCGAAGAAAAACUGCGGGUGCUGGUUGUCGAGUCUUACCCUCGCUGGGAGUACCGCUACCUGCGAAACGCGCUCUCCCGCGACCCCGGUGUGCAGGUGUCAUGCCUGCUGUUCCAACCGGGGCUGUCAAAACCCGGCGGCGGCAACGCGGACUACAUCAAAGACUUCCCCGAAGGACUCGACCAGCUCUCUACCUACGACGUGGUCUUCCUCGGCGACGUGGGCUGCUCAGCCGAACAACUGACGGCCGAGCAGUGCCGGCUGUUGAAGGGGCUCGUCGAGCAUCAGGCGUCCGGAUUGGUGCUGAUGCCCGGCUGGCAGGGACGGCAGAUCAGCCUUCUCGACACGGAGCUGGCGAGCCUCUACCCGGUGCAGCUCGAUCCGAGUCAGCCCGAGGGCUGGGGGUCGCGAACGCCCAGUCACUUCGAGCUGACCGAGGCCGGCCGACGAAGCCUGCUCACGAAGCUGGCCGACACCCGCGACGAAAACGUUGAGGUCUGGGUAAACCUACCCGGCUUCCAGUGGUACGCCCCUGUGCUCAAAGCUCGCGCCGGCAGCGAGGUGCUUUGCGUCCACGAGUCGGCCUCGAAUCAAUACGGCCGACUGCCGAUGCUGGCCACCCGGACUUUCGGAGCGGGGAAGGUCCUGUUCAUGGGGACCGACGGCGCCUGGCGUUGGCGGAAGGGUGUCGAGGACAAGUACCACUACCGGUUCUGGGGGCAGGUGGUGCGUUGGAUGGCAUACCAGCGCAACAUGGCUCGUGGCGAGUCGAUGCGUCUGUACUACGCGCCCGACCAGCCCCAGCUCAACCAGACGCUGACGAUCAACGCCAACGUGAUGGACAACUCGGGGGAACCCCUAGCGGAGGGGGAGGUCGUCGCCCGCAUCACUGCGCCUUCUGGGAAGGCCCAGACCGUACGCUUCCAAUCGGCCGGCCAAGAGUGGGGCGCCUUCUCGGGGCGUUUCACCAGCAACGAACCCGGCAAGCAUGCGGUGACCCUCUCGGUGAAGCAGACCGGGGCUCUGCUGGAGACCUCCUUCUACGUCCAGGGCGAGCUAUCGGAAAAAACCGGGCAGCCCGCCCGGGUUGAGGUUCUCGACGAAAUCGCCCGCGUAAGUCGCGGCAAAACGAUUACGAUCGACCGUGCCGACGAAGCGAUCCGCCAGCUGUCGUCGCUGGCCGAACCGCCGCCGACCCUGCGCCGGCUCCAGCUUUGGAGCAGCCCGCUGGUCGCCACGGGCAUGGUCACGAUGCUUGGCUACGCGAAUGCGAUCGGCCAAGAAAAGAGUACCCGUUCAUUCUCGAAGGACGCCAUAAUGACCACGGACGAUAGCAAGCUGCAUGUGCCGGAGUCGCUAAGGGUACAGCUGCGCGGCUACCGCCGUCGGGUUUGGGCGAUCAAGGUCACCGAGGCUGUCGCGAUCUGUCUGUUCAGCAUCGGUAUCGCCUACGCGACGGUGUUCGUACUCGACCGGUUGUUCGACACCCCAAGGCCCGUGCGGACCCUCGCGCUCGUCGCCGCCAUGUUGGGGUGCGCCGUCUUCCCAUGGUUCCUGCACCGCUGGGUGUGGCGCCGCCGGACGCCUUCGCAAUUGGCCCGACUGGUCGCUCAGCGCAUGCCACGGCUCGGCGACCAGUUGCUGGGCGUCAUCGAGCUCGCAGAGAACCAAUCGGAACAGACUCGCUCCCGCAGGCUCGUACAGGCGGCGAUCGAGCAGGCGGCAAACGACGCCGCGCGGAGCGAUCUCGCCCCGGCGGCGCCUGCUUCACGUCGACCGUUGUGGGGGGGGCUCGCGGCGUCGUUCCUUGGUCUAGCGGUGGGGCUCGGCAUCGUUUUUCCCGCCGCGGCGCAAAACGCGUGGUCCAGGUUUCUGCGCCCUUGGGGUUCGACCGAGCGAUACACCUUCACGGCUGUUGAGCCAAUCCCCAAGAAGUUGGUUGUCGCUCACGGCGAGCCUUUCGACUUCGACGUCCGACUCGCUGCGAUGUCCGAGUGGCGACCGGACGACGCCGAAGCCCGAAUCGGACGCCAGCGGCCCGUCCAGGCAAUACUGGAAGGCGACCAGUAUAAGUUCGCCCUCCCCGCCCAGAUCGGCGAGGACCGCCUGCGGAUAAAGGUAGGUGACGCAACGCGCCAAGUGCAGGUCUUGCCGACAGUUCGGCCCGAACUCGUGAGUCUCUCUGCGCGGGUGCGCCUGCCAGAGUACCUAGGCCGCGUCGAGACCGUUGAGAAAGAGGUCCGCGGGGGAGCCGUCGCGGUCGUGAAGGGGAGCCGCGCCGUGAUCGAGGCGACCGCUAGCCGACCUCUUAAAUCGGCGACAGUCGAUGGCGCCGACGCGACACCGCGGGGUGAAUCGUUCCAGAUCCCCGAGACGCUCGUCGACGACUCAACGCAGAAAGAACUCGCUUGGCAAGACACGCUGGGGCUGUCGGGCGCCGACCCUCUGAAGCUUUCGAUUCUCGCCAUGGACGACGAGCCACCCACGCUGGUCGUUGAAAACCUCCCUUCGCAAAAGGUGGUCCUCGACUCGGAGGCAAUCCAGUUCUCUGUGCGGGCGCGCGACGACUACGGCGUCCAGCGAAUCGGGUUCGAGUGGCGUAGCCUGCCGUUCGCGUACGGCCCCCCUGUCAACGACGAGCAGAUGUUGGCGGCCGGUGACCCGUACUCCGAGACGCUCGACGCCAAGGGCGUGUUCUCCGCUAACUCCCUGGGCGUGUCAGCGCAGCCGCUUGAGGUGCGUGUCUUCGUCGAGGAUUACUUCCCCGAAAGGGGCCGCGUCUACUCAGCGCCGCAUGUGCUCUAUGUGCUGACACCCGACCAGCACGCGAUCUGGAUCACCGAAGAGCUCAGCAAGUGGCAUCGUCAGGCGCUCGAAGUCCGUGACCGGGAGAUGCAGCUAUACGAGGAGAACCACACAAUCCGCGAGCUUUCCAACGAGCAACUCGACCUGGCGGAAACUCGGCAGCGUAUCGAGAAACAAGCCGCCGCCGAACGGUCGAACGGGCGUCAGCUCCGCCGACUGACCGCGGCGGGAGGCGAUCUGCUGCGUGAGGCCGCGCGAAACUCGGAAAUCGGCGUGGGGCACAUCGACCGCUGGGCCAGUAUGCUCAAGGUGCUCGAUGAGAUUUCCGCCAACCGCAUGCCCUCGGUAGCCGACCUCCUUAAAGAGUCCUCCGACGCCCCCAAUGUCGCCCAAAGCCAACAGCCCUCGGCGCCGCAGGCGGGCCAGAACCGCGACCCGCGGCCCGGCAAGCCGGCGGCCAUGGACCCUAGCGGCAAGCCCAAACCGGCUGUGCCAACAAUCGCCGACGGCGAAUCGAGCCAGCGCCGCCCCGACGAGGGCGGCGACGAUGGCGAGCAGCCCAAGAAGAAGCCUUCCGCGGGCAAGCUGACGCUGCCGGUGACGACCGUCGUCGGCGCCGCGAAGAAGGGUGGAGGCGACAACCCCGCAGGCCAGAUAUUGGAGCAGGCCGUCACCGAGCAACGCGACCUGCUGGAAGAGUUCGGCAAGAUCGCCGACGAGUUGAACGAUGUCCUCGCCAACCUUGAGGGGAGCACCCUGAUUAAGCGGCUCAAGGCGGCGUCGCGUGUGCAGUACCAGAUCGCCGAGGGCCUGGGGACUCACCUCCCCGACUCGUUUGGUAAAACCGAGAAUAGCUUCUCCAAGGAGACGCAGGAGUCGCUCGGGGGGACCGCCAAGCAGCAGGGCGAGAACGGGGUCGCCGUCUCGUACAUCAUGGACGACCUCCACUCGUACUACGAACGGCGCCGGAUGGUCCGUUUCAAACAGGUGCUCGACGAGAUGCGCGAAAUGCAGGUCCUGCAAGGCCUUCGGCGCGUCGGCGUAGACAUCACCGAUAAGCAGGGCCUGGCGAUCGCGCAGAGCGAGUUCUGGUCCGACUCGCUCGACCGCUGGGCCGACGACCUGUUCGACCCUGCCUGCUCGGGCUCAUGCCCCGGCGGCGCGUCGCCCGAGAGCUUGCCGCCGUCAAUCGUGUUGGAGGCGAUGCGGAUUCUCGAGGCGGAGGUCGGGCUCCGCGAAGAGACCCGGGUCGCCGAGCAAUCCGAAUCGGCUGUCGAAUACGAGCAGCACGUCGAGGAAGCCAAUCGGCUGAGCAAGUCACAGGACACGCUGGACGAACGCGUCGCCGCGUUGAGCGACCGUAUCCUCGAACUCGAAGACGCCGAGAAGCACUUCGGCAAAGAGCUGAGUCUGCUCGCGGCCGUCUCUCAAGUCAUGGGCGAGGCGACCGGCAUCCUCGCCGAGCCGGAAACGGGCGACCGAGCGAUCGCCGCCGAGACCGAGGCGAUCGAGCUUCUACUGCAGUCAAAGAAGCUCAACCCGAAGGGGGGCGGCGGGGGCGGAUCGUCUCCCGGCGGCGGUGGCGGUGGCGACACCGAAACGCCCGCCAUCGCGCUGGCUGGGAGGGGCGUCAACGAGAACGAGGUGCGAGAAGAUCACCAGGUCACCCAGGUCACCGGCGAGACCGGCCGGGUGCUGCCCGAAGAGUUCCGCGUCGGCCUCGACGAGUACUUCAGCCGACUAGACGUGGGUCUCCUCGUCGCAAUGGCGUCCGUUCCGACAUUUGUCGGAGCGACGGCUGCCGAUGCGCAGUCCAUCAUUCGGGAAGUGCUCGGGAUCGACGUCGACAGGCUGCUCGCCAAGAAGGCUGAGCCCGCAGACGAGGACCAGGAAGAGGACGAGAACCCGCAAAUCAACGCCCUCAUCCAGCAGUAUCGCCCGGCCUACAAGGGCAAACUCGACGCCAGCCUCCACACGCUGCGGGAACUCUGCCAUCCCAGCCGCGAGCAACAAGAGAGGCUUCUGGAAGCAGGCGACGCCGCCCUCGACGCGGCGUUACGAGUCCACGCCAAACGGAUGCUGAAAUUGAACCAACAGAAUGGCAAUUUCGUCGUCAACGUCGGACGUUCGCGCGGUAGCAACCCGUGGACCGCGGUGCAAAUCGCCUUGAACGCGGCGGUGAGAGAUCACCUUUCUCCGGAACAGUCGAAGGUCUACUUGGAGGACCUACGCGAACGUGAGAAGUUCCGUCGCCGGGCGACUGCUAGAACCUUGGUGAGCGCCCUGGACACCCAACUCAACCUCAACCAAGAGCAGCGUGAAGCAAUCUUUGCGGCGUUGCUGGAGAAUUGGCAGGACGAAUGGGAGAACUCGGUGCGUGGGCUGAUGUACGGCGCAACGUACCUUCCCAACCUGCCGAGCAAGGCCCUGACGCCCCAUCUUAACGAGAAGCAAAUGCAGCUCUGGAGUCAGAGCCCGCACGGCAACACGAUUCAUUUCGGCGACAACGAAGGUUUCCUGGGGCACGGCAAGUUGAACAUCCCCCCCUUCGUGGUGCAGGACGAUACCGAAAGCGGUGAUGAGGCCGCCGAACCCGUGGCGGAGCACGCGGCCCUGCUGCUCUCCGCCCUUGCGACGUCGCCUACCUGGGGAGAAGACGACGGCUGGAUCGAGUUCGGGGACGCCCCGCAGCAGCAAGAGCAAGGAUGGAUGAUCCCUCCGGAGCAAUUCGACCAAUGGGUUUUCCAACAUGCGUCUAACAUCGAGGGCCAGCGCAAGGAGUUCGAGACCAAGUUGGCUCUGGCGAUCGACAACGUCAACGACGUUUGCCAACUGACGGAAGAGCAACGGUUGACGCUACGCCUCGCAGGCGAAAUAGAGAUCAACCGCUACUUCGCGAAGUACAAGCAGGUAAAGGCCUACUACAUCAAGACCAAGCCCGACCAAAACAACUUCAACGACAUCUGGCAGCUGAUCCAGCCGCUCCAGCAGAUCGCCCAGGUUGGGCUGUUCGGCGAGGACUCGGCAUUGGUGAAGGCGUCGCAAGAGAUGCUCAAGGGGGAACAACGGAGCCGCCUUCGCGAGUUGGAGAAAGAACGCCGCGACUACCGCUACCGGGCGCUCGUCGAGGCGUAUGUGAUGCUUUUCGACGACGUCGCGCCACUGAGUUCCACUCAGCGGGAGCGGCUGGUGGCUGUUUUACUCGAGAACACUUGGCCGCCAAACGUGUUCGGCACGAACGACCAGCACUACAUCAUGCACCAAUCGAGUCUCCUUUCCCGAAAGAAGAUCGAGAAAGCGGUCGACGGCCCCCUGCUCGACUUGGUUUACGACACUUUCCAAAAGGGCAAGGGGUACAAGAGCUUCUUGGAAUCCCAAGGAAUCAAGCCUUAUGCCGAGGAGGAUGAAUGA